AUGCCGCCUCUUCAUCUUGUUCGAACAAGCCGAGAACUGGCACGGCGGGCGACCCCUUCACUGUCUACCUUUCAGCAUAUUUCGCGUUCCUACUCUCAAGUUACUGCUAGAUAUGACCUUAAGUCUGGGAGCACUUCGUCAGUGCCGCAAUCCAAUGCUCCAGAGGCUCUGACAGGUUUACGAGCUCUCCCCUGGAGCUCCUUGAUCCGAUCCUUGGCAGUCCUUUCGGUUGCUUCACUGCCACAACCAGCUCUUUCGAGAUUAAUUCGCACUGUAAAACGCCACAGCAACUGGAUACAUCGGUCUGCCAUCAUGCGACGAGCCAUUCGAGCCACUUUCUACGACACAUUUUGCAUAGGUGAAGGGAAAGUGGAGAUUGCAAAGAAUGUAAAUGAGCUCCGACAAAUAGGUGUGCGUGGAGUAAUACUUGCCUUUGCACGAGAGGCUAUAGUCGUCCCUGAGACGAACCACGAAACUUUACUCACAUCGGAUGAGCCAGAAUUGGCAUCAUGGGUCAGGUUUAACUUGGAAACAAUUGACAACCUUCGCCAGGGUGACUACCUCGCAGUGCGAUGCACUGGUGCUGGCAAGUCAACACUCAAAGUCAUGGAUCAAUACUUUGAGUACACGAAGAACCCAGGUUCAAUCACUAAAGAUGCUCGGCAUGACUUAUUGGCCCAACUUGAGGUGUUGCGUCUUGCACUUUACGAGAUUUGCGCAGCGGCGAAAUCUCGGGGCAUAAGAAUUUUAGUGGAUGCAGAAGACAUCAGGUGCCAAGUCUCGAUCGACCACAUUGCGCUCAAUCUCAUGUCGACAUUUAAUAGAGGCAGCGAUGCUUUCGUUCUGAGUACUUACCAGAUGUAUCUCAAGGCCGGGAUUGCUAAAUUGCGUGCUCACUUGCAGCAUGCCGCCGAAAAUAAUUACAUUCUUGGGGUCAAGAUGGUGCGCGGGGCCUUUAUGCACACGGAGCCCGAUCGUACCCUCCUCCACGACACAAAGGGCGAUACCGACAAGGCGUAUGACGAAGCCGUAAAGCUUCUUAUUACAUCACAUGGUGCUAGCUCCUUGGAUUCUGGAAGUGUAUGUUCCACGAGCUCCCAAGGUCGAUGGGCAGCAGAUGUUAUGCUUGCCACUCAUAACUCACACAGCGCAAAGGAGGCAUUGAGGCUGUACCGGGAAUAUAUUCAACAUCGAGGUAACAAGGGCAGCGCUCCGGGUACAGGGCUGAGGAGCUUGGCGUUUGCGCAACUCAAAGGCAUGGCUGAUGAGCUUUCUCUUCAAUUAGCUGCAGAUGUUGAGAAGAUGUCUGAAAGAAGCGACCAAGCAAUUGGGCAUGUUACGCUUGGUGGCACGCCACAGUAUCCAAGAAUUGGGGUGUACAAGUAUUCAGUAUGGGGUCCGUUUCAAGAGUGUCUCUUGUACAUGUUGCGUCGCGCGGAAGAGAACAAGGAUGCAGUGGCAAGGAGCCGUGGCACAGCAACCGUUAUGAUGAAGGAGGCAUUUCAGCGCUUGCUCCGAACGAGAAGAUUUCAAGCGCGCAGCGCAUAG